CCUGCUGGGAUUUAGAGUCCUAGCUGCCCUUACCAGCGCUCCCCGCUCUUCCUGGAUACUGAGGCGCGGGGAUCCGCGGAAGUGCGCGAGGGCAAGAAUCGUGGGCGGCUGGAGCACUGGGCGGGGUGGGGGUCACAAUGGUGCUACCUGGCUUCUGCUCCUUGACCUUUCUCCCCGCUCGGAGACAGCUUCUGCCGCAGCCCCACCGCACUCCCAUUCUGCCUUCCUAGGUCCAUUUUUAGGGCCCGCGCUUCUCGCCCCCGUCUAUCUCUGACGCAGGGAGAACCGGCACACGCGGGCCCUGUUUCUAGGAGCAUGCGGGCGAGGUCUCCUACACGCGGGGCCAUGGAGGAUCUCCAGCGGGCCUACAGCCGCCUGUGCAAGGAGAGCGGUGCCGAGCCGCAGGAGGCAGUCCUGCGGCAGUUGCAGCAGCCUCUGCAGGGCCGACUGGAUCUGACUGGGCAAAGCCUGACGGUGGACACUUGCUGGGCCUUGGGCAAGCUGCUGCAAAACCAGACAGUGUGGACGGAGCUGAUUCUCAGCGACUGCAUGCUGAGCGAGGAAGGGCUCACAAUGGUGCUUCAAGGGCUGUGUGCCAACACUGUCAUGCGGCUUGUGGAUCUGAAGGGCAAUAACCUUCGGGCUGCAGGGGCUGAGGCUCUGGGAAAACUCCUCCGACAGAAUCAGUCCAUUCAGAGCCUCACCCUGGAGUGGAACAACCUCGGCACAUGGGAAGAUGCCUUUGCCACCUUCUGUAGGGGCCUAGCAGCAAACAGUGCUCUGCAGCAGCUGGAUCUCCGGAAUAACCAGAUCAGUCACAAAGGUGCAGAGGAACUGGCCCUGGCCCUGCGGGGCAACACCACCCUCCAGCAUUUGGGUACCUUCUGUCAAGUGACAGCAAGUUUCUUUCUAGACUUGCGCUGGAAUAACAUUGGCCUCCUGGGUGGUAGGUCCCUGGUGAACUGUCUACCCAGCAACAGAACCCUGUGGAGGCUGGACCUGGCUGGCAACAAUGUGCCUGGUGACAUCGUCAGAGCUGUGGAACAAGCCAUGGACCACAACCAGGAGCAGCAUACUGCCUUCCAAGAGAGCCAGGUCCGGACCCAUAUCCUUAGCAGGGAGGUCCAGCACCUCCAGAAGGAGAGGUCCAAGCAGUUUGUGGAUUUGAUGGAGACAAUUGAUAAGCAGCGAGAAGAGAUGGCCAAGAACAGCCAGGCAGUGGCAGUACGUAUGGGGCAGCUUCAGGAAGCCCUGAAUGAGAGGCACUCCAUCAUCAAAUCUCUCAAGGCCAAGUUGCAAAUGACUGAGGCCACCUUGGCUCUCUCUGACCAGAAGGCCCAGGACCUGGGAGAGCUGCUGGCUACAGCAGAGCAGAAGCACAGGCUGGGACAGCAGGAUGCUGCAGAACGGGAGUCUAAGCUCCUCAGGGACUUGUCAGCCACCAAUGAAAAGAACCUGCUGCUUCGAAACCAGGUGGAUGAGCUGGAGCGGAAGGUGAAGUCUCAGCAGGAACAGCUGUUUCUGACCAGGCAGGAGCUGACCCACACAUCAGCUGAGCUGAAGAUGCGAACUGUCGAGGCUGAGGAGCGCCUGGACAUGGAGAAGAGAAGGGCCCGGCAGAGCUUAGAGGACUCUGAGAAGCUGCACGUCAAGGAGGUGGAAUGUAUUACCCGUCAACUAGAGGAGAGCCAGAAGGCCAUGCAGGAAAGGGUGCACAGGCUGGAGGCUCUUCGGCUGUCCCUGGAGGAGGAGCUGAGCCGCGUGAAGGCAGCAGCGCUCAGUGAGCGUGGCCAGGCUGAGGAGGAGCUGGUGAAGGCCAGGAACCAAGCCCGCCUGGAAGAGCAACAGCACCUGGCGCACAUGGAGGAGAAGCUGCGACUGCUGGCACAAGCGCGCGAUGAGGCUCAGGGUGUCUGCACACAGCAGAAGCAGAUGGUGGCUGAUUCCCAGGCGCGGGCCAGCCAGCUCCACCUGCAGGUGGAGGGGCAGCAGCGGCGCCUGGAGGAGCUGCAGCAGUUGCUGAGCAGCAAGGACCAGGAAAAAGUGGCUGAAGUGAGCAGAGUGCGAGUGGAGAUGCAGGAGCAGAUAGGCCGUCUACAAGCUGAGUUGGCAGGCCAGGAGUCCCUGAAGGAGAAGGUGGCCGCUCUGGAACGCCAGCUGAAAGUGAUCGCUAGUGACCACCGGGAAGCGCUGCUGGACAAGGAGAGUGAGAACGCGUCCCUCCGGGAGAAGCUGCGGCUCAAGGAGGCGGAGAUCGCACGCAUCCGGGACGAGGAAGCCCAGAGGGCAAGCUUCCUGCAGAACGCCAUCCUGACUUACGUGCAGGGGUCCCCUCUGAGGUCCUUGAGCCCUCCGAAGUGAGGGGAGCCGAGGAAACCACAUGGCUCCCUGUCGCUGACCCCAGUGAGGCGCUCUUUCUGUCACCCACAGCGAUGCGAUGCUGCACAAGAGAGGUCUGACCGGAGCUCGGCAGCUGCGCCGCCAAAGUGUGGCGGGAAAUACAGAACUUUUUUCUUAAAUGUAGAA